UGUUGUUUACAAGUGUCGACCCCUGAGCGAAUGAUAAAACUACCCGCUGUUGUUUGCUCUGCAGUAGUCGGGACUUGGACUGCGAGCGGAACGUGCGUGCUCUCGCCGGCAAACGCGAUUUAUUUUUAUGUGCCCGGCAUUUUUUCAAAAUGGAGUUGAACUUUAUCACAACCUUAAUUAAACACGAUGUGAAUCACAAUGUUAAACAGUGUUUUAAAUCGAAAAAAUCAUUUGUUUGCAGAAAAGAAGAAGUAAUGGCGAUUAAGAGCAAGUUUCCCACAAAAAUACCAUUAAUAGUUGAGAGAUAUCACAAAGAAAGAAAUUUACCAACGUUGGAUAAAUCAAAAUUCUUAGUUCCCGAAGACAUCACAAUGUCGCAGUUUUUAGUCAUCAUAAGAAACAGAAUAAGAAUCAAGCCGAAUCAAGCGCUGUAUUUAAUAAUCAACAAUAGAUCGAUGCUGAGCAUGAGUCUCACAAUGGCGCAAGCAUACGAACAUUAUGGUGACGAAGAUGGAUUCCUAUAUAUAACUUACGCCUCGCAAGAAGUAUUCGGGUAUAAAGAUGAAAUGAAAGCGAAACCAAAUCAAGAAGUUGAAGCCAUUAGACACAGAUUCCCAAAUAAAGUACCGUUAUACGUUCAAAGAUAUGUGAGGGAGCGCGAGGUGCCAGCUUUAGGAAGAACGAAAUUCCUCGUGCCACAAGAACUAACGAUGUCCCAGUUUCUUUACAUCAUCAGAGCAAAAAUGAAAUUGCGCGAAUCCCAGGCUUUGUACCUGUUAGUGAAUGACAAAGUAUUGGCGAGUAACAGUAUGACAAUGGCGCAGGCGUACGAACAGUUCCGGGCCGAAGACGGGUACCUUCACAUCACGUAUGCAGCGCAACAAGUCUUCGGAUGAACGCCUUAAUGUACGCCAUCAUGGUUUCAAAUUCAAUCCACAUGUUCCUGGUGCCUACGGAUAUACCUAAAGACUGAUAGUAUUUCGAAUUUAAUUGUGAUAGGUAUAGAAUAGUUCUUAUUAUCGCGUCUAUAUUCUGUAAAUGAUAGUUAUAGGUUAUUUCAUUAAUUUCUCGCACAAUUUUAUUAAAUGAUUUAAUAUAAUUUUUGAUUAUGUGCAGGAUAAUAGGCGUGGAAUUCUAAUGAUCUCGAUUUAAUGGAUUAUAAAUGAUUACGUUUAGUCGUGUAAAUAAAUCUAUGUACGUCGUAUUAUUAAUUAUUAUGUUCCUAGUUAUAAAGAUCUGUUUAUAAAUUAUGUUAAAGUAUAUAGUUGCAUCGUUAAUGUAUCCAGAUAAUUUACAUUCUAAUAUAUUAUUUUGUAAAAGUA